UUCUUUGUUGGUGCUCUUCUUCAUCAUAAGCCAAAAACGUGUGGGCCAAGACAUCAAUCUCAUUUGAACUGUGAAAUUCAGUGCUUGCUGGUGACACCCGAACACCAAACGGAAAACUUAUUGCGUGAUUUGAUAAUAACCAGAGCAUCAUGUGGCCAGCCCUCCUAGUGUGUCAGCUUGUCCUGAUUCUCCAGUCAGAAGCUCAGAGUCCCUGCCUCACCCACCCAACAUUCAAAGAGCCGGCCAAUUCUGAUAUCACAGUUGUUUGUGGCACAAACAGGAUGGAACUGCAGAUUUUGCUGUGUCCCAUGUACUUCUAUGGAUAUAAUGAAUCCAUGGUGGCUCUAAACGGUCAGUUCGGCAAACCUGAGUGCAGAGGAACUGCAGACUGGACCGUCAACCCACCUGUAGUGAAAUUCCAGUUCUACAUCACUGAACCAUACAUAUCUGUCUGCGCCAAUAAGCUGACGAUCACCGAAGAGAUCGGAUCUGGGCUGUUUUCCGACUUCUCUAGUGUUCAGUCUGUGAACAUCUCUGGGGUGGUCAAUACCCAGGACCCGAAUGCUGGAACCAUCACCUACUGGCAGGAGAUGAAAUACCUCUUUUCUUGUAGAUACCCACUGCAGUACUUGGUCAACAACACGGAGAUGAGUGUAUCUGGAGUGAGUUUGGCAAUUAAGGACAAUAAUGGUAGUUUCAUCAGCACUCUGAGCAUGGUUCUUUUUGAGGACUACACUUAUACAACUCGUCUCUUCAUACCUCCAACGGGUCUCAUGCUGAAGACCAGGGUUUUUGUGGAAGUCCGAGCCACUAAUCUCACAGAGAGGUUCAAUGUUCUGUUGGAUCGAUGCUAUGCAACUACAAAUCCUUACCCAGGAAACAGCACAUCAUUUGACCUGUUUGUCGGAUGCAACAUUGAUAAACAAACCAUAAUGGGUGUGAAUGGAGAACAGCAGGUGGCGCGCUUCUCGUUCGAGACUUUUCGCUUUGUAGAGCACAGAAACAAGACGGUGUCGACCUUUUAUCUGCACUGUGCCACCAGGCUCUGCGAGAGCUCUUUCUGUAGAUCCUUACGGCAGAACUGCACAACUUCCGGAAGGAAGCGGAGAGAUGUACAGUCAGCUCAGGGAACCUCAGUGAGUGACACUGCCACGGUGAGCUCUGGGCCAGUCAUCACCAAAGUGGACGAACCAUUUGCACCUGUUGCUAUAGUUUCUAAUGAUCCGAAGCAGAACGAGGCGGUGGUGGGUGUCUCUGUGGCAGCCGGAGUAUUCGGAGGCCUGUGUGUCAUCAUGCUGGCUGUUCUCAUUUACAAGAUCCGCAAGGACAAGUUCAAUGCAGACAAAUCAAGUCUUUUCCACUGACAGCUUUCACACAGAGAUCCCACUCCUCUCCACCAAGACGUUCGCUCACCAUAGUGAAAGCUGUGCUAAUAGACACUUUUCAACGGGCUCCUGCGUGUAGUCCUGUAGUUUGGUCAGAGUUAUGGAAUGGGAUGACGAGUAGAUGAUGCCAUAUGGAAGAACAAAAUAUCACAAAACCACUAUUAUAAAUAGAUCUGUGCCUUUAAGUAAAACAGUCUACUGAAUGGAUUAGAGUCGUCAGAUUUUGCAUGCCAACGUUCAUUGUUUGAACUGUAUUCCAUUUAUAUAUCUGAAU